AUGCCGCGGCAAGCGAAGCCAAGACUGGGGAUCAAGCUCGAGCUCGCAGCAGACUUUGACUUGAAGGAAAAUCCUCUGACGUCGCCACUAGCGGGCACCUUCCCGAAUGAAGAGCCAUGGGCCCAGAGGCCGCGCGUGUUUGACAAUUGGCAUGGCGGGCGCAAUGCUCGCGGCAACAGUGUACUCAGGUCCGCGAUAGUGUGGACUGGACGUGCAGUGGCAUAUGGACCAGAGUACGACGCCUCGACACACAUAAGGCGCACUCAUGGCAAAGUCGUUCUGCCGCAGUACAUAUGCGAUGAGGUUGCACUGGCUAUGUAA